UGUUUAGGAUUCCAGCUAGACUAGUAGGCUAGCUAGCUAACGUUGGCAAGUUUAAGUCCUACUGCCUGGAAAAUACGGUUUAGUUGCUUUACAUUUUAUUUGAAGACUGCAUCUGCAUGAAGAUGAUUGACGAGUUCGAGAGUCAUGAGACUCGGUCCAGCCGUGAGCUGUGGUCAGAGAUCUGCUCGAGCCUGCCUGACGUGCAGAAGGAAGCUCAAGGCCAAGGGGGGGAUGAUGCCACACUGUUCACAGAUUCAUUCCAACCCUCACAUGUUGGCAAUGGCCUGCAAUCUAAUGGCAUGUCUACGAGUUCCUCCUCUCACAGCGCCUGGGAACCUAUGGAAGACUCGGAUGUCUACAUUGCUAGUUUAGAGAACCGUCUGAAGAGAAUAAAGGGCCAGUGUACUGAGGUGACUUCCAGGGAGAUGCUGCGCUCCCUAUCUCAGGCCAAAAAAGAAUGCUGGGAUAGAUUCUUGCAUGACGCUCAGAGCUCGGAACUCUUUCAGGAGGGCGAACUAGAUCAGAGUGCCCUGGAGCAUCUAAAGCGUUGGCUGGUACCUGAGAAAGUGGCCAUCAGCGCUGAGGAGCUGGAAUAUCUCCUCCUGCCGUCACUGAGCCGAGAGCAGAACUCCACGGACCAAUCACAGAGUGGACCAGAGGCAGCCACUCAGAACCCUGAAGAGGAUGAGAGUCACACACCGGAGAAAUAACUACCUGUUCACUUCAGACAUUUUACCAAGGACCCUUAUAUGUUAUCAUGUGUUAUAACUGGACAGGAACAUGAUGUGAUUUCUUUAACUGUUGUUAUUAGGUGUGUUUGUCUGUUUAUUAAUGUCUUGUCAAAAUGGGAAAUAAUUAAAUGACAUAUCAUUGCAAAUACUGCAACGGUCCAUUGUUUGUCAUGUAACUUUUAUGAUAUGCGUCAAUAAAAAAUGCAGUUCAUUGUUGGGUAAUAUCCCGAAACCAUACUAGUUGCAUUUUGUUAGGCUACUACACUAUGUAACUAUGUAGCACCAGAGAUGGUCUAUAAUGUAAUGAGCUUUGGCACUGCUUUUAAGAUAUGAGUCCUAUCCAGAGUAUUAAUAGUUAAGAUUAAAUCAUUAUAAAUGUAGCUACUAUGUCCAUUGCCAUGUGUAUGAUAAAUGUACUAGGUUCAUUACCAUGUGUAUGAUAUACUGUACUACAUAUUUGAGAUUCUGUAAGUAUGAUGAGAGAUUCAUUUGUAUGAAGGAAUCUUUUGAAACAAAGCUAAUAAACUUGAGAAAAAAUAGUA